AUGCCGCCACCAAGCCAGAGGUCCGAUACUGAGCCACCGGCUGAAAUCACAUAUAUCGCAGCCCAAGGAUUCAUGACAGGUGCUUUUCGUUUUGGCUCUGUAUCUCUCAUCGCUCAUAUGAUACUUAUGCUUCCACAUCCAUUCAUCUUUUCUAAGCCUACUACGUCCACAUCACCCACAACUACAAAGUCAAGUCCUCAGCCUCGCCCAUCAAUAUUCUCUGGGGAUUAUAUCCGCUCGCGCUUGUUCCACCGACCACUUGAAGGCUUUUCUGAGUGGAUCUCACCUUCUUCUCGGGUAUUCCGGGGACUCACACCGCAAUUUAAGGUCUUCAUCCACAUGGCCAUCAUGACUUUAGGCGGCUGUAUCUGGGCCGAGAAACGAUACAUGGAAUAUACUGCUUUAAUGCGGAAGAUGAAGCGUGUCGAACGACUUGAAACCGAGCGAUUACAUGGCACUCGCCGAUAA